UUCAUGAGUAUACUCAGUCUUUAUAAUGUGCUAACGUUCUCUUCGCUUUAAAUAUGCCGUGUAUGGCUUUUCAGAAUCAUAAAGAGGCAGAAUGUUCCGUGAUUUCAGUCGCUUGUGAGAAAUGCAGGGCUCACGGCAUUCCUAAAACAAAGCACAACCGAAAUCCAACCAUAAUGAUCCUGAAAGCAAAUCAGGAACCACGUCCGUUUUCUACCGGAUGCUGCACAAUUAAGGCACGACUGAACGUCAGCAACGAUGAUGACAAUGAUGAAGACGAUGAAGACGACGAAGACGACGAAGAAGAUGAAGAAGAUGAAGACGAUGAAGACGAUGAGGACGAUGAAGAUGAUGAAGAUGAUGAAGACGAGGAAGACGAUGAUGUCGAUGAUGACGAAGACGACGACAAUAAAAACGAUGACGACGACGAUGACGAAGACAAUGAUGACAAUGACGACGGCGAUGAUGACUAUGACGACGAUGACGAUGACAAUGACGAUGACGACGGUGAAGAUGAUGGCGAUGACGAACCGGAUCAAAUAAUAGAGGAUUUCCUCUCUGAUACUAUUUGUGUGCCAUACGAACUGUAAGAGGCAAAGGGAGAUGAGAGAGAGAUCAUUGGGAAAGCCCAGCUAGGCCGGACGAUUUGAUAAUCCCUAAAUAGAGAUA